AUGUCUGAGACCGUCGGCCACGAGGAGUCGGCUCUUCCCUCGAGCCCCCAGGCUGGAGGAGCCGUUGCCUAUAACCCAAUUAGCAAGGAAUUGCAACCCAUCCCCUCAGUGGACACCGCCAAUGGCGCUGUCAUUCCUCCUGCAUCCUCAGGAAUCGAGGGCAGCACUGGGCGACAGAGUGUGCUCGAGCUUGAGGAUGGCACGGUCUACCAGGGCUACAACUUUGGCGCUGAGAAGAGCGUAGCAGGUGAAUUGGUUUUCCAGACCGGUAUGGUCGGAUACCCUGAAUCCAUCACAGAUCCCUCCUACCGUGGCCAGAUUCUCGUCGUUACUUUCCCUCUGGUGGGCAACUAUGGUGUCCCAUCGCGGGAGACCAUGGAUGAACUGCUGAAGACGUUACCAAAGUACUUCGAGUCCACCCAGAUUCACAUUGCAGCAUUGGUCGUCGCAACAUAUGCCGGAGAGAACUACUCUCACUUCCUUGCAGAGUCUUCAUUGGGUCAAUGGCUCAAGGAGCAAGGUGUUCCCGCCAUUCACGGGAUCGACACCCGUGCCCUCACCAAGCGUAUUCGCCAGAAGGGUAGCAUGCUCGGUCGUAUGCUGCUCCGCAAGGCCGACGUUGCUGAAAGCGAUGCACCCUUGACCAAGGAAACUUGGAAGUCAUCCUUUGAACAGAUCGACUGGGCUGAUCCCAACACCAAGAACCUCGUAGACGAAGUAUCUAUUCGCGAGCCGAAACUGUUCUCGCCCCCGGAGAACGUUGCUCUCAAGCACCCCUCCGGCCGCCCUAUCCGCGUUCUCUGCCUGGAUGUCGGUCUCAAGUUCAACCAACUGCGCUGCCUACUCGCCCGCGGUGUUGAGGUUCUAGUUGUUCCUUGGGACUAUGACUUCCCCACACUUGCCGGCAAAGAUUACGAUGGUCUAUUCGUCUCGAACGGUCCUGGUGACCCAGCCACCCUUUCUACGACAGUCAACAACCUGGCGAAGACCAUGAAGGAAGCGAGAACUCCUAUCUUUGGUAUCUGUCUUGGACACCAACUGAUCGCUCGAUCGGUUGGUGCCCAGACAUCGAAGAUGAAGUUCGGUAACCGUGGCCACAACAUCCCCUGCACCAGCAUGGUGACUGGAAAAUGCCAUAUCACCUCGCAAAACCACGGUUACGCUGUCGACUCUUCCACUCUCCCUAGUGACUGGCAGGAGUUGUUCGUGAACGCCAACGAUGGCAGCAACGAAGGUAUCCGUCACGUUAGCCGUCCGUACUUCAGUGUCCAAUUCCACCCUGAGAGCACCCCCGGCCCUAGGGACACAGAAUACCUCUUCGAUGUUUUCAUCAACGCUAUUAAGGACACUAUCGCCUCAUCUGACGCCCUCCAGAAGCCUGUCAACUUCCCAGGCGGCACUAUCGCUGAAAACACCAAGCUUGCCCCCCGUGUCUCAGUUAAGAAGGUCCUGAUUUUGGGAAGUGGUGGUUUGAGUAUUGGACAAGCUGGAGAAUUUGAUUACUCUGGAAGUCAAGCUAUCAAGGCGCUGAAGGAGGAAGGAAUCUACACAAUCCUCAUUAACCCUAACAUUGCCACCAUCCAAACCUCCAAGGGUCUGGCAGAUAAGGUGUACUUCCUGCCGGUUAACGCCGACUUUGUGCGCAAAGUGAUCAAGCACGAGAGGCCUGAUGCCAUUUACGUUACCUUCGGUGGUCAGACUGCCCUUCAGGUUGGUAUUCAGCUCAAGGAUGAAUUCGACGCACUCGGUGUCAAGGUCCUCGGUACACCUAUCGACACCAUUAUUACCACUGAGGAUCGUGAGCUCUUUGCGCGCAGCAUGGACUCUAUUAACGAGAAGUGCGCCAAGUCGGCUUCUGCUUCCAGUCUUGAGGAGGCCCUCGGAGUGGUCGAAGCCAUCGGUUUCCCUGUCAUUGUCCGUGCUGCCUACGCACUCGGCGGCCUUGGCAGUGGUUUCGCCGAUAACAUGGAUGAGCUGAAGGACCUCUGCACUAAGGCCUUCGCUGCCAGCCCUCAGGUGCUGAUCGAAAGGAGUAUGAAGGGCUGGAAGGAAAUCGAAUACGAAGUCGUUCGUGAUGCUAGAGACAACUGUAUCACUGUCUGCAACAUGGAGAAUUUCGAUCCUCUUGGUAUUCAUACCGGUGACUCCAUUGUUGUUGCCCCCUCGCAAACACUUUCCGACGAGGAUUACAAUAUGCUGCGUACGACGGCAGUUAACGUGAUCCGUCACCUUGGUGUUGUUGGAGAGUGCAAUAUCCAAUAUGCUCUGAACCCCUUCUCCAAGGAGUACUGCAUUAUUGAAGUUAAUGCCCGUUUGUCUCGGUCUUCCGCACUUGCUUCCAAGGCUACUGGUUACCCUCUUGCUUUUAUCGCUGCUAAGCUUGGAUUGGGUAUCCCGCUCAAUGAAAUUAAGAACUCGGUUACCAAGGUUACCUGCGCCUGUUUCGAGCCCUCCCUCGACUACUGUGUGGUCAAGAUUCCUCGCUGGGAUUUGAAGAAGUUCACCCGUGUCUCUACACAACUUGGCUCUUCCAUGAAGAGCGUUGGCGAGGUUAUGGCCAUCGGCCGAACCUUUGAAGAAGCCAUUCAGAAAGCCAUUCGCUCAGUGGAUUUCCACAACCUCGGAUUCAACGAAACCAACGCUCUCAUGUCCAUCAAGGGUGAACUGCAGACACCUUCUGACCAGCGUCUUUUCGCCAUCGCAAAUGCCAUGGCUGCUGGAUACAGCGUUGAUGACAUUUGGGAACUCACUAGCAUCGACAAGUGGUUCCUCAGCCGACUUAAGGGUCUCAGUGACUUCGGAAAGCUCAUGACGACUCUCAACUCUAACACCAUCACUCCUCCACUUCUGCGAAAGGCCAAGCAGCUCGGUUUCUCUGACCGCCAGCUCGCCAAGUUCCUCAGUUCCAACGAGCUUGCUAUUAGACGGUUGCGUGUGGAGGCUGGAAUUGCGCCCAUCGUUAAGCAGAUCGAUACAGUUGCUGCUGAGUUCCCUUCAGUGACCAACUACCUGUACCUUACCUACAACGCCUCCGAGCACGAUGUCAACUUCGACGACCAUGGUAUUAUGGUUUUGGGAUCUGGUGUUUACCGUAUCGGUUCUUCUGUCGAGUUCGAUUGGUGCUCUGUGAGAACGAUCCGUACCCUUCGCGAGCAGGGCCGCAAGACUGUCAUGGUCAACUACAACCCUGAAACUGUCAGUACCGACUAUGACGAGGCUGAUCGGUUGUACUUCGAAAACAUCAACCUGGAAACAGUCCUCGACAUUUACCAGCUCGAGUCUUCCGGCGGUGUGAUCAUGUCCAUGGGUGGUCAGACCCCCAACAACAUCGCUCUUCCGCUCCACCGUCUCAACGUCCGCAUUCUUGGUACUUCACCUGAGAUGAUCGACGGCGCUGAGAACCGAUACAAGUUCUCCCGCAUGCUUGACCGUAUUGGCGUCGAUCAACCGUCAUGGAAAGAGCUUACCAGCAUUGAGGAGGCGACUGGCUUCUGUAACAAGGUUGGCUACCCGGUGCUUGUUCGUCCUUCCUAUGUGCUGUCAGGUGCUGCCAUGAACACCGUCUAUUCCGAGCACGAUCUGGCAAGCUAUCUCAAUCAAGCCGCGGAUGUCUCCCGCGAGCACCCUGUCGUUAUCACCAAAUACAUUGAGAACGCGAAGGAGAUUGAAAUGGAUGCCGUUGCCCGCAACGGUGUGAUGGUUGGACAUUUCAUUUCUGAGCACGUGGAGAACGCCGGUGUCCACUCUGGUGACGCUACCUUGAUCCUGCCUCCCCAGGACUUGGAUCCUGAGACUGUUCGACGCAUCGAAGAAGCUACCCGCAAGAUCGGAAACGCUCUGAACGUCACUGGUCCUUACAACAUCCAGUUCAUUGCCAAGGACAACGACAUCAAGGUCAUUGAGUGCAAUGUCAGAGCCUCUCGUUCCUUCCCAUUCGUCUCCAAGGUCAUGGGUGUCGACCUUAUUGAAAUGGCUACCAAGGCAAUGAUUGGUGCUCCUUUCGCCGAAUACCCUCCUGUCUCCGUUCCUAAGGACUACGUUGGUGUGAAGGUUCCCCAGUUCUCGUUCUCCCGACUUUCUGGAGCCGACCCUGUUUUGGGUGUUGAGAUGGCCUCCACUGGAGAAGUUGCCUCAUUUGGUCGCGACAAGUACGAGGCUUACCUGAAGGCUCUGCUGUCCACCGGAUUCCGUCUGCCAAAGCGUAACAUACUGUUGUCAAUUGGUUCAUACAAGGAGAAGAUGGAAAUGCUGCCGUCCAUUAGCAAGCUUCGUGAUGUUGGAUUCGAGCUUUUCGCCACGUCCGGUACUGCAGACUUCUUGAAGGAGCACGGUGUUCCCGUGAAGUACUUGGAAAUCCUUCCUGGUGAGGAAGAGGAUGUCAAAUCCGAGUACUCCCUCACUCAGCACUUGGCAAACAACCUCAUUGAUCUGUACAUCAACUUGCCGUCCAACAACAGAUUCCGACGGCCUGCCAACUACAUGAGUAAGGGUUACCGCACUCGUCGUAUGGCUGUGGACUAUCAGACCCCGCUGGUUACGAACGUCAAGAACGCGAAGAUCCUCAUUGAGGCUAUCGCUCGCCACUUCGCUCUUGACGUGCAGACUAUUGACUACCAGACUAGCCACCGUACCAUCAUCCUCCCCGGUCUCAUCAAUAUCGGGGCUUUCGUUCCUGGUCUCGGAAACGCAGACUCCAAGGACUUCGAGAUCGUGACCAAGGCUUCGAUUGCUGCAGGUUUCAGCAUGGUGCGCGUCAUGCCCGUGGGCGUCAAGUCUUCCAUCACGGACACUCGCGCCUUGAAGGUGGUCCAGCAGAACGCUGCGAAGAGCUCGUACUGCGAUUACAACUUCUCCGUUGUCGCAACCUCCACCAACUCUGCUGAGCUCGGACAGCUGACCGGAGAAGUUGGCUCUCUAUUUAUCCCGUUCAACCACCUGUCUGGUAACAUCAGCAAGGUCGCUGCCGUCACCAGCCACUUCGGCGCCUGGCCAUCAAGCAAGCCCAUCAUCACUGAUGCCAAGUCCACAGAUCUUGCCUCCGUUUUGCUGUUGGCAAGCCUGCACAGCCGCAACAUUCAUGUCAUGAGCGUCACCUCCAAGGAGGACAUCAAGCUCAUUGCGCUCAGCAAGGAGAAGGGUCUCAAGGUGACUUGCGAUGUUUCGAUUUACUGCCUCUUCCUUUCUCGGGAUGACUACCCUGCGGCUGGCUCCUUGCCAACCGCCGAGGACCAGAAGGCACUGUGGGAACACCUCAGCACCAUCGAUAUCUUCUCUAUCGGCAGCAUUCCGUUCCAGAUUGCUGGCGAGAAGGCAUCCCCUGCUGCCGGUAUUGCCGAGGCCUUGCCUCUGCUCUUCACUGCUGUCUCUGAAGGUCGUCUGACCGUGGAAGACAUCAUUGCACGACUCUACGAGGACCCUAAGAAGAUUUUCGAAUUGCACGAGCAGUCUGAUAGCUCUGUUGAAGUCGAAAUUGACCGUCCUUACCUCUACCAGAGCACCGAGGCCUGGUCUCCUUUCAACGGCAAGAGCGUCAAGGGACUUGUUCAGCGCGUCAACUUCCAAGGAAAGACAUCUUGCCUUGACAGUGCAAUCACUGCCGAUGCUGCUAAGGGUUCAGACAUGUCCGGCCACAGGAUCAUGCCCACAUCUCCCUCUCUCAAGGCAGUCUCUCCACGUGUCGACACUACCGUGGACCGAAGACAGUCCAUCACUGGCACUCCUAGCCGCCGCAAACCUGUGGAGCAGUUCCCUGCUCUUGGUGUUAACGAACUUGGCCCUCCUUUGUACGCUCCUGUGCCUCGGGCUUCUUCGCCGCUGCUCCAGAUGCUCGCUCGCUCCCCCUUCAAGCAAAAGCACGUGCUCUCUGUCAACCAGUUCAACCGAGCUGACCUCCACCUGCUUUUCACUGUGGCCCAAGAGAUGCGUCUCGGAGUCCAACGUGAGGGUGUCUUGGAUGUCUUGAAGGGUCGCCUCCUCUGCACUCUCUUUUACGAGCCUUCUACUCGCACAUCUGCUUCAUUCGAUGCUGCCAUGCAGAGACUCGGAGGACGCACGAUCGCUAUCGCCACGGAGCACUCUUCAACCAAGAAGGGCGAGACUCUGCAAGACACCCUCCGCACCCUGGGCUGCUACGGAGACGCCGUUGUCCUGCGCCACCCUGACCCAGCCAGCACCGAGAUUGCCGCCAAGUUCUCUCCGGUUCCGGUCAUCAACGGCGGAAACGGCAGCGUUGAGCACCCCACCCAGGCCUUCCUUGACCUCUUCACCAUCCGUGAGGAACUCGGAACUGUCGGUGGUCUGACCAUCACCUUCACUGGUGAUCUGAGAUACGGACGUACUGUCCACUCUCUCAUCAAGCUGCUCCAGUUCUACGAUGUUCGCAUCCAGCUCGUCGCACCCAAGGAUCUGUCCCUGCCCUCCGAGAUCCGCCAGCAAAUGAAGGCAACCGGCCAGCUCCUUGCCGAGUCCGAAGAACUGACCCCCGAGAUUGUCGCACGCUCUGAUGUUCUGUACUCUACCCGCGUGCAGAAGGAGCGGUUCGCCGACCUCGAGCAGUACGAGCGCCUCAAGAACAGCUUCGUCAUCGACAACGCUCUUCUCAAGCACGCCAAGAGCCACAUGGUCGUGAUGCACCCUCUGCCCAGGAACGCAGAAAUCGCCGAGGAGGUUGAUUUCGACCAGCGGGCAGCUUACUUCCGACAGAUGAGAUACGGUCUCUACUGCCGUAUGGCCCUUCUUGCAUUGACAAUGGCGCCUUGA